AUGGCUGACGAUGUUGUUGCCGGCGCUGAGAAUGCCCUCGCCGCCGAUGCACAGUUUGCGGUCGUCUCGGACUCGCCGGCAGCUGGCAACUACGAUCGAGAGUGCUCGUCCGCCGGCUUUGUGGUGCCUCAGCCGCCGCGAAACUCGACUGCCGACGGCGCCGACGACAACGAUGAAGUAGAGUGCAACUGCGCUCCUUUCAGGACCGGUGUCACUUGCGCUGAGGACCGUCCCUGGGGCUGCAGCGUCGAGCGGCUCAAUCCGCUCCUGGCGUGCGUCCCGCCGUCGCCGGAGCUUGCGGCGCUGCGCGUGUCCGACGAUCCGGUGUGCGCGUCGUUCUCGGUAGAGACCGUACUCGAUGUCGAGGCCCGGGUCGAGUGCGCGUUUCUGGACGGCCCCUUGGAGGUCAACAAUACUCUCCUCGCCGCGUUCAACUACUCGGUCCUUGUCACCGACGGACCGGGCGAAGCGCCAAACACUACCGUGGUCAUCUGGGCCCAGCCGGCGAGCUUGCCCUGGGCCUCGCUUGUCCUCGAGCACAAGGUGUACAACCUUAACCGGCUCGCCGCCAGCGCCCAGCUGCAGCUUGCGGCUAUUGCUCCGCUGGCUUCCAUCGGCAACGUCACCCUCGGCUUCCGCCUCACUAUUGCCGACAUCCCGCCCGCCUACUACGCAGGCGGCAGGCUCUACACCGAGCUCCGCACCCGCGGCGACGACGUCGACGGCUUUGUCGCCUCGUCGCUCCAGUCGGUCGCCCCGCUCAUCAUCGACGUCAAGGAGCGCACCGUCGGACCGACAGACGACGGCGAGAUGGCCCCGGCCCUGCUCGGCAGCCUCAUCGCACUCGGUGUCCUGGGCGGCAUAGUCCUCAUUGUUGGCGGCAUGUACGCCUACUACCUCCGCGAAGCCGCGCUCGCCCGCGAGAUCGAGGCCUACCGCUCCGAGGCUGCUGCUCUCAAGCGCCCACCGCUGUAG